CUGAGAAAAUGUCUCAGAGUUCAUCUGUGCCAGAUCAACAGCAGGUGUCAGUUGCUAUUGCUGAAGAAAACUUCUGAAGGCGACAGGUGUUCGAUUUGUGGGAAAAGAAAUUGUCCUGCAGAUCCUAAACUGCGUUCGAAAAUAAGCCAAAUGCCCAUGCCCUUAAAGUCACUUGUUGGGAAACCAAAGUCUCCACGAAAGUCCAAGUUCUCCCAGGUUAAUGUUAUGAAGGUGAAGAAGACGAAGACUCCAUUCAAACACUGCAUUUAUACUCGAAGUUUAACAAACAGAUUGGCUAAACGCAUCGCUAAUCACACACCACUUCAUGUCUUCAAGUUAAAGGAUCAGCUCUUCAAAGCAGUGGAAGAUGGAGAUGUGGUAAAAGUGCAGGAAUUAAUACAAGAUACAGGAGCAGCUGUGAGGAAAAACAAGAGCAGAUGCACACUCCUUCACACUGCAGCGUCUCACAACCAAGCGGAUGUGGUGAUGUUUCUGCUGAAAUUGAUCAGUCCCAAUAUUACCAACAAUGAGGGACAGACUCCAGCUCACGUGGCCGCUGAAAAGGGUCACACGCAAGUGCUGAAACUUUUAAUGAGUGACUCUGACUUCGAUGCCGACAAGAGGGAUAAUUGCCACAACACAGUAAAAACCCUGCUUGGUGGCCAUCUGUUCAAGGCCGUAUUAGAAGGGAACAAGAAAGAAGCAGAAAGACUGUUGGCAGUUGGUGCAGACCCAGACAGUCACGGUGGAAAGCUGGUGAAUGGAGUGUUGGCACGAGAGCUUGGAGUGACUACAGCUGGCCUCCUUGCCAGUGCCCUGAAUAUGGAAUGGGCUGUAACCAUGUUUGCCAAGAAUGCAAGAAAUGAUAAAACCGGUGAAACUGGCUUUCUGACAUCAGAUGUCUCAAACUCCGUGCAGCUUAAAGUUCCCACACGACAAUUUCGUGUGAGACAUGCAACGGCAAUUCAAGGAGGUGCUGAUGUGUACAAGAUGGACAAGGAGGCACGAGGCUUUGUUCGCAUCUUGAACUUCAGUUGUUUCAAGGACAGAUCCGACCUGAACCUUCAGCAACUCGACUACGAUGCUUGCAUAAUGUCAGAUGUAUUUGAUAAGAUGGGAUACAUGUGUAAAACACACUCGUCACUCACGGCUCAGCAGACUAAGGAGGUCAUGAAGAACAUUAGGGAUGGUGAUGAGCUAACAGACGUCGGAUGUGCUAUAUUUGUCAUUUGUGGAUAUAGUGUAAAUGGCAGGAGUGUUCUUACGUCUGACAUGAAAUGUGUAGACAUCGACUAUAUGUUGAAUGCGUUCAAAGAUUCCGAAUGUCCUCAGCUCAAAAACAAACCUAAACUUUUCAUCUUUAACUUGUUUAACAUGAAUGAAGUUAUCGAGACUUCAAGCAGUGAAAGUCCAAAAGUGAUGAGGUUGACAGAUCCCCUGAACGACAUGGCUUGUCUAUAUUCGAACAGCAUUGGUGUGAACUGCGUCCCGAAUGGGAAAGGAACCUCCUUCAGCUGGUCCUUGUGUCGCACUUUGGCAGAACAUGCUGCUGAGCAUGAACUUUGUGAUUUUUACAGAGAAUUCCUGAAAGAAUACAACAAGAGCUCUCCUAGUUUCUCACCUGAAUUGAGGUACUUUGGCUUCACCAAGAAAUUCUUCUUUAAUCCUAUGUAAAUUGAAUGAGACCCUCUUUGAAGGGAGUUUUAUCUGAUUCACUCCAUGAAUUCAAGAGAUCUUCAACAGCAAUUACUUGAGGCAUUAGAUUUUUAAUUAUCUAUUAUAUAAAGAAAUUGCACUGGACAAACUUCGGGUAUUGGGACAAACAGAAAAGUCACAUUGUGUUAUAAUUUCGAUAAAUAAU